UAAAAAUGGCAAGUUUCCUUGCCUUCCUUCUGCUCAACUUUCAUGUCUGCCUCCUUUUGCUUCAGCUGCUCAUGCCUCACUCAGCUCAGUUUUCUGUGGUUGGACCCCCUGGGCCUAUCCUGGCCAUGGUGGGUGAAGAUGCUGAUCUGCCCUGUCACCUGUUCCCGACAAUGAGUGCAGAGACCAUGGAGCUGAAGUGGGUGAGUUCCAGCCUAAGGCGGGUGGUGAACGUGUAUGCAGAUGGAAAGGAAGUGGAAGACAGGCAGAGUGCACCGUAUCGAGGGAGAACUUCGAUUCUACGGGAUGGCAUCACUGCAGGGAAGGCUACUCUCCGAAUACACAACGUCACAGCCUCUGACAGUGGAAAGUACUUGUGUUAUUUCCAAGAUGGUGACUUCUAUGAAAAAGCCCUGGUGGAGCUGAAGGUUGCAGCACUGGGUUCUGAUCUUCACAUUGACAUGAAGGGUUAUGAGGAUGGAGGGAUCCAUCUGGAGUGCAGGUCCACCGGCUGGUACCCCCAACCCCAAAUACAGUGGAGCAACGACAAGGGAGAGAACAUCCCGACUGUGGAAGCGCCUGUGGUUGCAGACGGAGUGGGCCUGUAUGCAGUAGCAGCAUCUGUGAUCAUGAGAGGCAGCUCUGGGGAGGGUGUUUCCUGUACCAUCAGAAGUUCCCUCCUCGGCCUGGAAAAGACAGCCAGCAUUUCCAUCGCAGACCCCUUCUUCAGGAGUGCCCAGAGCUGGAUCACCGCCCUAGCAGGGACCCUGCCUGUCUUGCUGCUGCUUCUCGGGGGAGCCUGUUACUUCCUGUGGCAACAACAGGAGGAAAAAAAGACUCUGUUCAUAAAGAAAAAGAGAGAGCAAGAGUUGAGAGAAAUGGCAUGGAGCACAGUGAAGCAAGAACAAAGCACAAGAGUGAAGCUCCUGGAGGAACUCAGAUGGAGAAGUAUCCAGUACAUGGUUGGGGGAGAGAGACAUUCAGCCUAUAAUGAAUGGAAAAUGGCCCUCUUUAAGCCUGCGGAUGUGAUUCUGGAUCCAAAAACAGCAAACCCCAUCCUCCUUGUUUCUGAGGACCAGAGGAGUGUGCAGCGUGCCAAGGAGCCCCAGGAUCUGCCAGACAACCCUGAGAGAUUUAAUUGGCAUUAUUGUGUUCUCGGCUGUGAGAGCUUCAUGUCAGGGAGACAUUACUGGGAGGUGGAGGUAGGGGACAGGAAAGAAUGGCAUAUAGGGGUGUGUAGUAAGAAUGUGCAGAGAAAAGGUUGGGUCAAAAUGACACCUGAGAAUGGAUUCUGGACUAUGGGGCUGACUGAUGGGAAUAAGUAUCGGACUCUAACUGAGCCCAGAACCAACCUGAAACUUCCUAAGCCCCCUAGGAAAGUGGGGGUCUUCCUGGACUAUGAGAUUGGAGAUAUCUCAUUCUACAAUGCUGUGGAUGGAUCGCAUAUUCAUACUUUCCUGGAUGUCUCCUUCUCUGAGCCUCUAUACCCUGUUUUCAGAAUUUUGACCUUGGAGCCCACUGCCCUGACCAUUUGUCCAGUGCCAAAAGAAGAGAGUUCCUCCAAUUCUGACCGAGCUGAUCAUUCCCUAGAGACAUCAGUGACCCCGGGCUUAGCUAACAAAAGUGGGGAGCCUCAGGCUGAAGUAACUUGUCUCUGCUUCUCCCUGCCCAGCUCAGAGCUGAGGGCCUCCCCCUCCACAGCAACCAAUCACAACCAUAAAGCUCAGGCACGCACUGAAGCACUUUACUGAUACUCAUUCAAUUAUUCAUAUGACAGUUGUUUGAGUUUGGUACCACCUUAUUGUCCCCUUAUACAGAUAAGGAAACUGGGGUGCAGAAAAGUGAAUUGACUUUACAAAGUAGACAUGACUAGUUAAUAACAGAGCUGGGAUCUAAACAGCAAUAACUAACAUUAAUGGAGAACUUAAAAUGUUCUGAGUGCUGUGUUAUGAGCUUUGGUGGGUGUCACUCCUUUAAUCCUCACAACACCCUGUCAGGUAGUCUCAUUUGGCAAGUAUGGAAGCUGAGGCAGAGCAACAUUAAGUAACUUACAUAACUCUUGCAGUAAUUUCUGCACUUGGGAGAUGUUCAGCUUCAGUCCCUGGCCAUUUGCCCAUUCUUUUCCAUCCUGAUUCUUCCCGCAUAGGAAGAACCCACCUGUAGCCCUGAGGUUCUCCCAGGACGGCUCCAGGGUAAGGGUCAUUGCAGGUGGUUGUGGAGUUGACACCCCUAUUGACUCCUUCCCAGCUGAUUGUCAGAGCCUUAGAACCAGCACUCCUUGGAUUAGCUCUGCAGAGUGUCUUGGUUGAGAGAAUAACCUCACCGUACCCACAUGACACGUGAUUUGGAAAAAGACUAGAGGCCAUACUUGAUAAAUCAUGGGGAACAGAUGUGUGCCCACCCAACAAAUGUGUUAAGUGAUUGUGCAGCCAGAGCCAGCCUUCCUUCAAUCAAGGUUUCCAGGCAGAGCAAAUACCCUAGAGCUUCUCUGUGAUAUAGGAAAUUUGGAUGGAGGGAGCUAGAAGAAAUACAGGGAUUUUUUUUUUUUUAAGACGGAGUUUUACUCUGUUGCCAGGCUGGAGUGCAGUGGUGCGAUCUCGGCUCCCUGCAACUUCCACCUCCUGGGUUCAAACAAUUCUCCUGCCUCAGCCUCCCAAGUACUGGGAAUAUAGGUGCACGCCACCACACCCAACUAAUUUUUGUACUUUUAGUAGAGAUGAGGGUUCACUAUGUCAGCCAGGAUGGUCUCAAUCUCUUGACCUCAUGAUCCACCCACCUCGGUCUCCCAAAGUGCUGGGAUUACAGGCUUGAGCCACCGGGUGCCCGGCUUACAGGGAUAUUUUUAAUCCCGUUAUGGACUCUGUCUCCAGGAAAGAGGUCUAUCCACCCCUGCUCAUUGGUGGAUGUUAAACCAAUAUUCCUUUCAACUGCUGCCUGCUAGGGAAAAACUACUCCUCAUUAUGAUCAUUAUUAUUGCUCUCCACUCUAUCCCCUCUACCUGGCAUGUGCUUGUCAAGUUCUAGUUGUUCAAUAAAUUUGUUAAUAAUGCUGA